AUGCUAUCGGCUGCAUACAGUGACUCAAACACAGCAUCUAAUUUUCACAAAACUAAGGAAAACCAGGCCGCUCAAAUCCUCAUUGCACAAAUUAGUUUACUAUUCACGACUCUCAAAAAGACCAAUUUUGAAUCCGUGGAAAGAGAAAUCAGACAUAUCUUAGACAGAUCGCCCAUAGAUAUUUACAUAAAAGUUUGGGAACGAUUAUUAACUUUAAGCUCUCGGGACCUUUUACAAGCGGAAAACUUCUCACCUCAAGACAAUUUACUGCAUAGAUUAUUAUUGGAAUUUGCCAAGGAUCUACCAAAGAAAAGCACAGAAUAUAUCGAGCUUUUGAAACAACAAACUUUUGAAGAUCAAGGGUUUCAAAAACAAACAGGACUCACAUUAUCGCGUUUCAUUGAUUUAUUUGAUAAGUCUACUCAUAAGGACAUUAUACAAUCACUUGACCAUUCCUCUCAGAUCAAAAAUUUAAAGACGAUCAAAAUGAACCAUACUAAUUAUUUAAGAAACUUCUUCUUACAAACAACACCAGAAACAUUGGAGUCUAAUUUACGCGACUUGUUGCACUCCUUGGAAGGUGAGAGCCUAAAUGAUUUGUUGGCUCUUUUACUAUCGGAGAUUCUUUCACCAGGAUCUCAGAAUUUACAGAAUAACCCCACCCAGAGUUGGUUGACACCUCCAAUAAUCGUAGACGCCACUAAAUGUGGUGAAGUCAUAGCAAGGUCCAUCGAUUCUGUGCAAUCGAACCAAAUAAAUUGGAAUCGGGUAUUCAACCUAAUGUCGACAAAAUAUUUUUUAAGUACUCCAAUGAUGCCUACUACAUCUUCUUUAAGUUGUUUAUUUGCUGCAUUACAUGAUGGUCCAGUCAUCGAUGAAUUUUUCAACUGUGAUUGGAAAGUUAUUUUCAAAUUAGAUUUAGCCGUACAAUUACACAAUUGGUCGGUACAAAACGGAUGCUUUGAUCUAUUAAGCGCAGAGGGCACUAGAAAGGUUUCUGAUACAAUUCCAAACACAAAACAGUCUUUACUCUAUUUAUUAUCUAUUGCAUCAUUGGAUCUAGAACUGUUUUUACAAAGAGAGGAAUUAUCCGAUAGCCCUAUGUUAGCUUUUUUUCAAGAAUGCUUUUUUGAAGAUUUCAAUCACGCUCCCGAAUACCUUGUUUUGGCAUUAAACAAAGAAAUAAAGCGCUUUGUUCUAUUGAUAGAAAACAAGGCAAUAAUAGAUGAGAUUUUAAUUACUCUAUUGGUCCAAGUUCAUAAUAAAUCACCUUCAUCCUUUAAGGACGUUAUCUCCACGAUAACUGACGACUCUAAAAUUGUGGACGCAGCCAAAAUUAUAGUGAAUUCUGAUGACGUUCCUAUUGCAAACUUCCUAAAAUCACUACUAGACAAUGGAAAAUUGGACUCAGUUAUCAACAAGCUUUCAUUUAACGAAGCUUUUAAAAUCUUACCAUGUGCAAGACAGAUUGGUUGGGAAGGGUUUGAAGCUUUUUUGAAAACAAAAGUUUUACCUUCCAAUAUCGAUGUGGUGCUGGAAUCAUUAGAAGCUCAGACAAAAAUGACUGACGCAAACACACCAUUCAGGUCCUUAAAAACAUUUGAUUUAUAUGCCUUACAUUCAUUAAUCAACAUAUUGAACAAAUAUCCGUUAGAUGCAUUCCAGUCCCAAAGAUUCGAAUCUCUGGAAUUUUCUCUACUGAUUGCAUUCCCUAGAUUAAUAAAUUUUGGUUUCGACCAUGACGAAGCCAUUUUGGCCAAUGGCGAUAUCACGGGAAUCAACAGUGAUAUUGAAAAGGAGAUGCAAAACUACCUACAAAAAAUGUAUAGUGGUGAAUUAGCCAUUAAGGAUGUUAUUGAAUUACUAAGAAGAUUAAGAGAUAGCGACUUACCAAGAGACCAAGAAGUCUUUACGUGUAUUACGCAUGCUGUGAUCGCAGAAUCAAGCUUCUUCCAAGAUUAUCCACUAGAUGCGUUAGCCACUACCUCUGUUCUAUUCGGAUCCAUGAUUCUUUUCCAAUUACUUCGUGGAUUUGUGUUGGACGUCGCAUUUAGGAUAAUCAUGAGAUUUGCCAAGGAGCCUCCAGAAUCCAAAAUGUUUAAGUUUGCUGUACAGGCGAUUUAUGCAUUUAGAAUACGUUUGACCGAGUAUCCACAAUACUGUAAGGAUUUGCUAAGAGAAGUUCCGGCUUUGAACUCACAAGCUCAGGUUUACCAAUCUAUCGUCGAAGCUGCCACUUUAGCAAAUGCUCCAAAGGAAAAGCCAAGACCCGUUCAGGAAUUGAUUCCGUUAAAGCAUUUUGUUGUAGACGAAGUUUCAUGUCCAAUCAAUCAAGAGGGUGCUCCAAAGGAUGUUGUAGAAAAGGUCCUUUUCGUUCUCAAUAAUGUCACGUUAGCUAAUUUGAAUAACAAGGUCGAUGACUUAAAGAAAAGUUUGACCCCCAAUUAUUUUUCUUGGUUUGCCACUUAUCUAGUUAAUCAAAGAGCCAAAACUGAGCCUAAUUAUCAUGAGCUUUAUAGCAAAGUCAUCGUCACCAUCGGAUCUGGGUUACUACACCAGUUCAUGAUCAAUGUUACUUUAAGGCAACUAUUUAUUCUCUUGUCUGCAAAAGACGGCCAAGCCAUCGAUAAAAAGCACUUAAAGAAUCUGGCGUCAUGGUUGGGGUAUAUCACAUUAGCCUUAAACAAGCCAAUUAAACAUAAGAACAUUGCAUUUAGGGAAAUGUUACUUGACGCUUACAGAGAAAAAAGAUUAGAAAUAGUUGUCCCAUUUGUCACAAAAGUUUUACAAGGGGCUUCAGAAUCAAAGAUAUUCAAACCACCAAACCCAUGGACUGUCGGUAUUUUGAAGUUGUUAGUUGAACUGAAUGAAAAAGCAAACUGGAAAUUAAGUUUGACUUUUGAAGUCGAAGUUUUACUCAAAUCAUUCAACUUAACUACAAAGUCUUUUAAACCCUCACAUCUCAUCGAUGCUCCAGAGAAUAUUGAAACCUUAUCAGGGGCUCUAGGUUCGAUCAGUUUAGAGCAACAACAGACAGAACAACAAAGACAAAUUGUAUUAAUGCAACAACACCAACAGCAAAUGCUACUAUAUCAACAAAGACAGCAGCAACAACAGCAGCAACAACAACAGCAGCAACAACAGCAGCAACAACAACAGCAGCAGCAACAACAACAACAACAACAACAGCAACAACAACAGCAACAACAACAACAACAACAACAUCAUCAUAUGGGUGCAAAUGUUAUCGCUGAUCAACAAGCAGCCUUUGGUGGCGAAGGUACAAUAUCACAUGAUAAUCCUUUCAAUAACUUACUUGGCUCCACUAUCUUCGUUACACAUCCCGACUUAAAGAGGGUAUUUCAAAUGGCUUUGGCUAAAUCGGUUCGUGAAAUUUUGUUGGAAGUAGUAGAAAAAUCAUCAGGCAUUGCUGUUGUUACGACAACAAAAAUAAUUCUGAAAGAUUUUGCUACUGAAGUUGAUGAAUCAAAGUUAAAGACUGCUGCUAUCAUAAUGGUAAGACAUUUGGCCCAAAGUUUAGCCCGUGCUACUUCUAUUGAGCCGCUAAGAGAAGGUAUUCGUUCUACCAUGCAAUCACUUGCACCAAAUUUAAUGUCUCUUUCAUCUUCUCCUGCAGAAGAGCUUGAUACCGCUAUAAAUGAAAAUAUUGGUAUUGCUUUAAUUUUAAUCGAAAAGGCAUCUAUGGACAAGUCUACACAAGAUUUGGCAGAUCAAUUAAUGCAAGCAAUUGCUAUUCGUCGUUAUCACAAGGAAAGAAGAGCCGAUCAACCAUUCAUAACUCAAAACACUAACCCAUAUUCAUUAUCUCUGCCAGAACCACUUGGCCUCAAGAACGUCGGUGUUUCUCCUCAACAGUUUAGAGUGUAUGAAGAAUUCGGUAAAAACAUACCAAACUUAGAUGUUAUUCCAUUUGCAGGUUUACCAGCUCACGCUCCUCCAACAAUGAAUCAAAAUAUAGGCUUACCACAACCACAACAACAACAAACGCAGAUGCCUGCUCAACUCUUAACUCCCGAACAAAUGAGAGCUCAACAGCAACAGCAGCAGCAACAGCAGCAGCAACAGCAGCAGCAGCAGCAACAGCAGCAACAGCAGCAGCAACAGCAGCAGCAGCAGCAACAGCAGCAACAACAGCAGCAACAACAGCAGCAGCAGCAGUUACAGAAGAACCGUUUGAAUCAACCAUCCCAACCAGCUCAACCACCAGCUGUAAAUGUCCAAAAUCCUCAAGCUAAUGUUGCUGCAGUACAAUCAGAUCUGGAACAGAACCAACGUGUUCUUGUUCACCUCAUGGACAUUCUAGUUUCUCAAAUCAAAGAGAAUGCUGCGAAGAAUAACUUGGCUGAAUUAGGCGAUCAAAAUCAAAUUAAAACAAUUAUUUUCCAGAUUUUGACGUUUAUUGCAAAGAGCGCACAAAAGGAUCAACUAGCAUUAAAAGUCUCACAAGCUGUCGUUAACAGUCUUUUUGCUACCAGUGAAAGUUCUCUCUGCAGGGAAGUCUUAUCCUUACUCUUAGAAAAAUUAUGCUCUUUGUCCCUCGUUGCCAGAAAAGACGUCGUUUGGUGGUUAGUUUACGCUCUGGACAGCAGAAAGUUUAACGUUCCAGUUAUCAGAUCGUUACUAGAAGUUAAUUUGAUUGAUGCCACGGAAUUAGACAAUGUUUUAGUGACUGCAAUGAAGAACAGUAUGGAAAACUCCACUGAUUUUGCUAUGCAAUUGAUCCAAGACUCGGUCUUGUCGGAAGAUCCGAUCCUGAUGAGGAUGGAUUUCAUCAAAACCUUAGAGCAUUUAGGUUCCUUGCAAGAUGAAAAUGUUAAAAAGUUUAUUAGAGAUUUUGAAGAUACUAAAAUAAUGCCAGUGAAGAAAGGUACCAAAACUACGAGAACUGAGAAAUUCUAUUUGGUCUUUACAGAAUGGGUUAAAUUGCUUCAAAGAGUUGAAAGUAAUGACGUAAUCACCGCUGUUUUUAUUAAACAACUAGUAGAGAAGGGCGUAAUCAGCGAUACCGAUAAUUUGAUCACAUUCGUCAAAAGCUCUCUUGAACUAUCGGUUUCUUCAUUCAAAGAGAGUGAUCCAACUGAUGAGGUUUUCAUAGCUAUCGACGCAUUAGGAAAGUUAAUUGUGAAACUGUUAGUCUUACAAGACUUCAAAGACGGUACAAGAAAAGACUACAUCAACACAAUCUUUUCAGUAAUCUUGUUGGUGUUUGCCAAGGAUCAUAGCCAAAAAGAUACCACAUUCAAUGAAAGACCAUACUUCAGGCUGUUUUCAAAUAUACUAUACGAAUGGGCUACCAUUAGAACACACAACUUUGUAAAGAUACUUGAUACAACAACCAGAGAAGAACUAAUUGAAUUUGAUUCUAUGUUUUAUAACACCUUUUCAGGGUAUUUACACUCAUUGCAACCAUUCGCCUUUCCUGGCUUCUCAUUUGCAUGGGUAACGUUACUAUCCCACAGAAUGUUAUUACCAGUUAUGUUAAGAUUGCCUAAGAAAAUGGGCUGGGAAAAGCUAAUGCUUUUGAUAAUCGACUUAUUCAAAUUUUUGGACCAAUACACUAGUAAACAUGCAGUUUCUGAUGCUAUUUCCGUUGUAUACAAGGGAACCCUUCGUGUUAUCCUAGGUAUUUCCAAUGACGUACCAUCGUUUUUAAUUGAAAACCACUAUGAGUUGAUGAACAAUUUGCCUCCAACGUACUUCCAAUUGAAAAAUGUUAUUCUUUCAGCUAUUCCUAAACAUAUGACUGUCCCAAACCCAUAUGAUGUGAAUCUUUCUAUGGACAAUAUUCCGUCAUGCAAAGAAUUGCCUGAAGUUUUUUUUGACCCUGUAGUUGAUUUGCAUUCUUUAAAGAAACCAGUCGACAAUUACUUACGUAUUCCGUCCAAUUCAUUAUUAAAAACCAUUUCAAAUUCAAUCUACAGAGAUACAUAUGAUAUGAAAAAGGGCGUUGGCUACGACUUUUUAUCUGUUGAUAGUAAAUUAAUCCGCGCUAUUGUGUUGCAUGUAGGUAUUGAAGCAGGGAUAGAAUAUGAAAGGACAUCUUCAAACGCGGUAUUCAAUACGAAAUCCUCCUACUAUACUCUAUUGUUUAACCUGAUCCAAAACGGUACCAUCGAACUAAAAUACCAAAUCUUACUAGUCAUUGUCGAGCAGUUGAGAUAUCCAAACAUUCACACUUAUUGGUUUAGCUUUGUAUUAAUGAAUAUGUUCAAAAGUGAAGAAUGGGAUGACCAGAAGCUUGAAGUUCAAGAAAUUAUCUUGAGACACUUUCUGAAAAGAAUAAUUGUCAACAAGCCUCACACAUGGGGAAUUUCCGUCUUCUUCACCCAGUUGAUCAACAACGAUGACUUAAACCUUUUAGAUCUGCCCUUUGUACAGAAUGUUCCUGAAAUAGAACUAAUUUUACAACAAUUAGUCAAAUAUUCAAAAAAAUACACGAACUGCGAACAAAAUAAUGAAUCUCUUACUCUUGCUGGGAAACAGACUCCCUUGCAAUCCAACGCAUAA